GUGCUGCCCCUGCUUUGAUCCGGACAGGAUGGCCAGCUCCGGACUGCAGCUCCUCGGGUUCCUCCUCUCUCUGGCCGGAGUCGCCGCCACGGUGGCCGCUACCUUCAUGGUGGAGUGGAAGAAGCAGUACCAGGGAAAGGGGCACCGCAUCUACGAGGGUCUCUGGAUGAGCUGCAGCGGCAAUGAGAGGACGACCUGUGAAAUUCACGAGUCUCUCCUGAAGCUGCCAACUGAGGUCCAGGCUACCAGGGCUGCAAUACUGCUCAGCCUCUUCCUCUCCGCUUUGGCACUGAUGGUCUCCACUGUGGGAAUGAAGUGCACGCGCUUCAUGGAUGGCAUGGCCAAGAGCAAAUCCACUACAGCCAUGAUUGGAGGAAUCAUGUUCAUGAUUUCAGGUUUAUUGACCAUCACCAUCACCUCCUGGUACGUUAAAAUGAUCGUCCAGACCUUCCAUCAAACUCAUCGACUUCUGAGCUAUGAGUUCGGUAAGGCAGUGUUUGUCAGCUGGGCUGGAGGACUCCUUACCAUGGCGGGCGGAGCGUUCCUGAGCUGCCGCAGAUGUUGCAGAUCCAAAUCAUCCGAGUCCAUAAGCUCCAACCAGCUCCUCCCCAACUCCAACCCCAAGUCCAACUACGUCUAGUGGAGGCAGGAGGAACCAUGGAGAGGGCAGCACA